GUGCAAUCCUAAGGACCAAACAAGACGGCAAGAAGGCAGAACUCAAAGAAAAUACUCGGUGACGAUACAAGUGUCGAGACUCCGAAACCGGCGGCCGCAGUGACAUGGCAGGCGUACAGCCCGAAGCCUCCGCUAAAACAAACCAGGAUGACCUUGUACCUGGCGUUCCAGAUGAAGAUCUGUGGUUAUUGAUCCGACGCUUCAAUAAGCAAAUAUACAAUUUGCAAGCCACGUCUGAACCACGUGCGGGUGACCUCGAUCUCAACUCCGUCCAAGAUGAACAAUUUCCGCCAGAGAAAGUGCGAAUUACACUGGAGAGACUCUAUAUCUCUGUUUGUGUAGGACUGAUCACGUUCUAUACUCAUGUCGUCAGGUUACGGUCGUGGAAUGAGCCCCGACGUACCUCGGUUUUUUGUGCAACCUAUUUCAUCGCAUGGUUUCGGGGUAGCCUCGUUCCCGCCAUUUCCCUCUUUCUUGCUGCUUUGAUUCUCUUUCCGUCACUACGACCCUUAUUGUUUCCUAGUCUUGUUCCCGAAGACAACGGGCCCAAGACCCAGCCACAGCAGGCUACAGAUCAACCCACCAAGCACAAGGGCGAAGCUGCGGAGGAAGAAGCCAAUAGUCUCAUGAACAGCAUUGCUAAGAUUGCGGUGAAAGCGGCGACAAGCAGACAUGGCCAGGAAAUCACUGGUGACAGUCUAGAAGAGACGCUUGCUUCCGACUCGACCACAGAUGUCAAUACCAUCCCAGAUACUGCGGUGAUGGGGGACGAGACCAAGAAAUCCAUGAGAAAGGCGGUCGCCAAUGCCACCACCCAAGCGAUGCGUGUCAUCAGCGAUGGCACCGACAUCUAUGAAAUGUUCUCGAACGCCCUUUCCCCGACGCCGCCCUUCACCUCUGUGACGGCGCAGAUUCAACUAGUCGGUGUUCUUCUCGUGAUCUGUCUGCUAAACUCCAUCGUAUCAAAUGACUUCCUUGUCAGAGCCAACAGCUUCACCCUCGGCUUUAUCUUCUUUGGUGGUCCCAUGCACCAGUACUCCAUGAACUACCUUAACGAGAAGAUUCCCGACUGGAAGAAAUUCCUGGAUCCACGAGAAACCAUUCUAAAGGACAUCCCCACCAACGCUCAACUAACGCUUACCCUCCUCCGACUAUGCGAAACCAACAACACCCCGCUCCCCUCCCCACCAUCCUCUCUACAACCUCACUCCAGCAACCCCAUAUCAUCUUGGAUAACCUACAAAGACAAGCUCAAGAUCACAGCCACUGCUGCAGCAGCGGCCAGCUCAACCAGCCUCACCACAACCGCCACUGCUACCACCACCACCACUACAUCCACCUCCGAGCCCUCUACCUCGAAGCGCAGGAGAUUCUUCCCCCGCCUGCUUCGCAUCCUCCGGACGACAAUCACGCUCGCCACAAAAGGCCACUCCGCAUUCAACCAGGCCAUGGCAAUUGCAGGCGCCACCCAGGGCACCAGACGCCUCCUCCUCACCAUGCACCGCCGCAAUUGGGAAUGGGAGACUUCAGGCCCCGACACCUUCGACGCGAAAUUCGAGCGAAAGCGCGGCACAUUGGUCAUCGACUCCUCCCCCUUCCCGCCCUCAUCCAUCCACUCUAAAAACGAGGCCUCAACCGCUCAGCCAGAAGAAGAAAGCGGGGAGAAUUUAAACCCAUCUCCAAUCCUCUACUUCAGCACCCUCCACUCCGCCACCCUGGACGACCGCCGACUCGAGCACCAGAAGAAAGGGACGGUGCUGUUCCAGAUUCCCAUCGCCCAAAUCCGAGGUCUCAGGAAGACGGAAGGGCUGGGGUGGAAGGGGAAGUUGAUCGUGGAGUUGGCGGCAGGGAGCAAAGAGUCGGUGGAUGGGUUGGUGGUCUGCGGGCCCGAGGAGGGCCAGACGUAUCAUGUCACUGGGAUGAAGGCGAGGGAUCAGUUGUUCAAUCGCUUGGUGGCUAUGGGGGGCCAGACGUGGGAGAGGGUGUGAGCUGUUGAGUAUGGUAUCUUUCGUCCGGGGGGAGUGGGAUAUGAUUUCCUUGCAUUGUCGAUUUGCUUUUUUGUAUAUGCUCUUCCAGGGGCUUUGUAUGUGGGGGAACUUUCGCCAUAUAUUCAUUCAUACGUCGUAUCAAUCUUCUUGGUUUCUUACUGGGAAAUGAGCAUCGUCUUGGCUGCAAU